GAAAACUUCCAGACGAAGCAGGGCCGGGCAAGCAGGGCUCGAGAUCUGGUGUUCGGUCACAUCUUCGCUUUCGGCGCUCAUGGCAGUGUGGUGGAGUUUCACCAUGACGGCCGCAGCCAAGUCCUAUGGGAGUGGAGAAGUUUUCCAGACUUUUUCUGCACUCCAGCAUUUGGGGCCAUCCGCUACUGUACGCUCGUCGGCGCCACGUCUCGGGACUCUGACUAUUGGCUGUGAGGUAGAAUGGCCCCGUCGACGAGGCAGAUGGUUUCGGUCUGGCCUGCCCUCGUCGCCAUCGGGCCCUGCGCGAACGGGGGAAAUCACCGACAACGGACUCGUGGAUACACUAUUGUAGAACUGUCUAUUAUGGCUAGGCUUGCGCCUUGGUCCUUGUAGACUCGUUUGGAGACGACAGGAAACUAAGGGUUGUUUGAUGUUUCGAAGUGAGACCUCACGACCUUUUCUGCCCUGGAUGGUU